AUUAUUUAGGUUUAUUUCCAAGACUUGUAAAAACUAAUUAUGAAAUAUAUAUACAUUUUAUGUUGACGACCUUACGAAUGUGCCAAUAUUAUUAUUUUUUUUUAAUUUAGUGUUAAAAUAAUUUUAUUUUACAAUACACAAUCAGUAUUUGCACUGAAAAUUGCCCGUCAUAACUAUCACAAUGAAAUCUCCACGAAUAAAUAUCCAAUAUCGGACGAUUUACACUGGCAUCCUUCUGCGAAUGAAACCAUCUGAACUCUAUGACCAACGAGUGAAUAAUGGUCAGUUAAUCAAUGAUGAUCAUCAACGAAAAAUUGUCAAACAGUUAGAUAAUGUUCAUGAAUCUUUGACAAAUUACUCGCCUUCAUCACCAAAUAUUAUAUCAAAACUAUUGGGUGGUAUGAAAGCACCUCCAAAUGGUCUUUACAUGCACGGAUCAGUUGGGUGUGGUAAAACCAUGUUAAUGGAUUUAUUUUUUUCUUGUUGCGAAAUGGAAAAAAAACGAAGAGUGCAUUUUGAUGAAUUUAUGUUAGACAUUCAUGACAGAGUACAUAAAUUAAGAUUGAGCAGUAAAGAAAAUUUUGAUUCUAUACCAAUGGUAGCUGAUACAAUAAUAAAACAAUCAUGGUUACUUUGUUUCGACGAAUUUCAGGUGACUGAUAUAGCAAAUGCAAUGAUAUUAAAACGUCUUUUUACCGAACUAUUUAAUAGAGGUAUGGUUAUGGUAGCAACUAGUAAUCGUAAGCCAGAUGAUCUAUAUAAGAAUGGUCUACAACGGUUUUUGUUUUUACCAUUCAUACCAGUGCUAAAACAACAUUCUAUAACUGUAAACUUGGAUUCAGGUAUCGAUUAUAGAGUUAUUAGAGCAAAGAGUGGAUUUAAAUCAUAUUUUAUAAAAAAUCGUGACACAAAAAAAGAAUUUGAAGACUAUAUAAAAAAGUUAACAAAUAGUGAAAAUGAUACUGUUCGAUCAAGAACAUUAAUUAUUAUGCAGAGAAAUCUUACAUUUCAAAGAGUAUGUGGAAGAGUCUUAGAUGCUACUUUUGAAGAACUAUGUGAUAGACCUUUAGGAGCAGUAGAUUAUUUAUAUUUGUCUCAAAUGUUCCAUACUAUAGCUAUUAGAGAUGUACCCCAGUUGGAUUUGGAUUCAUUAUCACCUAUGAGACGAUUUAUCACACUUAUUGAUACACUUUAUGAUAACAAAGUGUGCGUUUUAAUAUAUGCAGAUAAACCAUUAAAAGAUUUAUUUGUUGCUAAAAAAACUGGUGGACUAGAUGAUGAUCAAAUGGUUCUAAUGGAUGAUCUAAAUUUAAAUACGGAUUCGACUGAUGCUAAAGCAAAUGUAUUUACUGGUGAUGAAGAAAUAUUUGCAUUUGAUAGAACGAUAUCAAGACUCAUGGAAAUGCAAUCUAGUGAUUAUUGGAAGAACAAUUGUUCAAAAUUAUAAUUUAACUAUCUCACAAUAGAAGUAUAUAAAUACUUGUACUUAGUUACCAUACUUAUAAAUUAAAUUUGUUAAACGUUUUCAUUGUUUACUUUAAUAUAUGAUGGCAUUAUUGUUUA